UUCAUCAUUAUUACGUGGGAGACUUGUGGUAGAAACUUUUUAGCGCAUUUAACGUUUAAUCAGCUAUAAAAAAAAACACAAACAAUUGUUAACAUUAAUAGAUACAUAUUUCAUUUGUAGUGUAUUAAUUAAUUCAGUCUAAGACGCGUUCAACAGUAAAUUUGAUACAAUGGCUCAACUCCCUGCAUGUCCCAAAAACUACUAUAUCAAAGAUGACAAGUGCUACACCGAGGAUUACAUUCUCGUUCAGGAGUUAUAUGUGUACGACGUUCCAACAGAGCUAAAUGACAAUGAAUUACAUCAACAUUUUAAGAGUUAUGGCGAUGUGGUGCAUCUGCAGAUCUUCAAUAAUGGUAGCAAAAGUCCUUUGCAAAUUCAGGAUUCACCCAAUAGAUUGGAAAAGGAAGAACAAGUGAAAACUGGCCGCGUCCUAUUUGCCCAUUCACUGGAUGCAGCUAAGGCAUUGCUGAGUCAGAAACAUCUUGUGAAUGGACAUGAAUUCCAUGUUAAGACCAUUGGCAAUUAUAGCCCAGUUGAGCCACCAAACGAUCGGCCAGAAAAGAUAGAUAUAAUGCAGAUUCCUGAUGACUGCUUGGUAAAAAUCCUUAAAUAUCUUCCGUUGCCCGAUCAGUUGCAGUUUUUGCGAUGUUGCACUCAAUUUCGAGAUGUAUACAAUUUGGAUACGAGACCCUUACACAAUUCGGUGGAUUUCAAAAUAUUCAACCCCUUGACUGUGUGGGAUAUGCGCGACUUUUUCGUUAUAUUUGGUCGAUAUAUUGAAACUUUUCAAGGUGUGAUUAGACCCCGUCGUGAGAGGUUUUAUGACUAUUUUGGAAAAAACUGCGUAAAUAUAAAGUCUUUAAAACUUCGGAGCACUCAGUUAAGUUCCCAAAAUGUAUUCAAAAUGUUUGCCAAUACCAGUAAGUUGGAAAAUCUGGAUCUAAACGGAUGCACUCUUACUGAGGGAAGUUUAGUGGCUUUAAAGAAUUUAAAGAAUCUUAAAAGUCUCAUCUUGUCACAUAAUUGGCAUCGUAGUGGGAUUGACUUAAAGAAACUUCCAGUAUCUAUUAAAACUCUGGGACUUUUUAAUUGUGGAGACAAAAUGCCGAAUUAUUUGAUGCAGAUGGACAAGUGUCUACCAAACUUGAAGGACCUUAACAUCUCGGGUAUCGAUAACAUACACUCGGAUAUUUACGAUUAUCCGGUUUCAAUAGAAACUUUGCGCUUUAGAAUUUUCAAUAAAACCAACUAUAAGAAGAUAGCAAGUUUGCCCAAUCUGAAGAGAAUUCACAUUCAAAACAUACACUCAACUAAUACAUUUGCCCAACUUCUGGAUCAGCUGCUUGUUACGAAAUCGCAGCAAUUGGAACAAUUAAAUAUUUACAAUGCACACAGUAUAACUAACCAGAUGCUUCUGAAAAUAAUAAAGUUUGACGAACUGCGUAAACUGGUUCUCUCCGGGUCGAGGGCCAUUAAUGAUGACAUUUUGGGGGAGUUUACCAAGCUGAAAAACCUGGAGCACUUUAGUAUAGAGUAUAGCAUUCGCGUUACCUUCAAUGGUGUUUUCCGCCUACUACAUGGCUGCCCAAAGUUGCAAGAACUAGAACUUCUUUAUUGCCCACACUUAACUAAGUUUCGAAUGCGCAACAUUGUAAAUCUUAGAGGAUUACAAGCAACUAUCAAUAAGGAAAAGAAUCGGAAGUUGUACUUCCGUCUUUACGUGGGAGCUACCAAAAUCGGGGACUCAAUUAAUACUAAUUCCGACGUGGCUGCCAAUAAUGUAAUUAAUAUAAGAUUGAUCAAUUGAAAUAU